AUGGGACUCGGCGUAUUGGACGACACUCAUCUUGAGCAUGUCCCUGGGACUGCUCUCCUCACCGAUGUGGUAGGAGCAGACCACCAACACCAUCAUGGGAAUCUUGAUACGUCGGCACUUCGCCACGAUAAAGGCAGGAACUCGGAUGUUCUGCUAGUGCCGCAGCCGUCCAAGAGUCCAAAUGAUCCUCUGAAUUGGCCGCUAUGGAAGAAAGAUAUGAUGCUCUUCUUCAUCUGUAUUGACACCGCUGUAGUCGGUGCAUGGGGACCCAUGAUUUCUCCAGGCUUUGCUUUGAUGGCCAAGCAAUUCGAUAUGUCCUACAACGAUCUCAAUGGUGGUCUCGGAUGGGGUAUCUUUGUCAUUGGAGUCUCUUGCUUCUUCACAAAUUCCAUGGCUGUCAUCUGGGGUCGGAGACCAAUCUUCUUGCUGGGCAAUCUCCUCCUUUUCAUCAGCAGUGUCUGGGGAUACUUUGCACAUUCGUACCACUCGCUCCUGGCGUCUCGUCUCAUAGGAUGUAUCGGCAUGUCCCCAUUCGAAGUCUUAGUCACAACAACGAUCGCCGACCUCUACUUCGUCCACGAACGCGGUGUCAGACUUGCGGCCUGGGGUCUCUGCCUUUCUGUUGGAGUGGGAGGUGGAAGUAUCAUCUCUGGAUACAUCAUCCAAGAUCUUGGCUGGAAUUGGACAUAUGGCAUCUGUGCUGUCAUAUACGGAGUCUGGAUCCUGGUCCUCUUCUUCUUCUGCCCAGAAACAGCGUAUCGUCGAGACCCGAUUUUGAACAUCGAUCUUGGAACAGACGACAAAGCUGCUGAACUUGCUCUGGACGAAAAGGCAACCGCAACAGAAGCUGCAACUCAUGUUGAGUCUCUUGAGCGUGUUGAACUCAACGAGCCUGUCGAGGAGAAACAUUCGUAUGCUUAUGAGCUUCGGAUAUUCCACGGACGUGUUUGUGACGAUUCGUUCUGGAAAGUGCUUACUCGACCGUUGAUGAUGCUCAUCUUUCCUCAAGUCCUGUUUUCCUUCUUUGCGUACGGAUUAACGACAUCGUGGCUGGUCGUAGUCGGAAGUGUUCUGGCACAGCUCUUUACCGCCCCUCCAUACAACUUCUCGGUCUCCGGUGUUGGCCUUGUCGCCGUCUCUCCACUCAUCGGGUCCAUUAUUGGAGCAUUCAUCUCAGGUCCAAUUGCCGACUGGAUCGUGAAGUAUAUGAGUCGCCGAAACAACGGUAUCUACGAACCAGAGUUCCGUCUGGUUCUCGUCAUCAUAACUCUGAUUAUCGGAGGAAUGUCGUUCUUUGGAUUUGGUAUUUCUCUCCAAGAUCAAGAUCCCUGGAUUGGUCCUGUUAUCUUUUAUGGGAUGCAAUACUUCGGAGUCGGAUUCAUGUCCAUUGCCGUUUAUGGAUACCUGACAGAUUGCCACCGUGACAAGGCGCCUGAAGCUUUCGCAGCAAUCAACUUGCGAAACAUUUACUCGUUCGGUAUGAAUUACUUCAUCUCUUCCUGGAUCUCCACACAAGGGCCAAAAGAAGUUUUCUCGAUCAUCGGCGGUAUUCAUGUUUUCAUCUGUUUGAUGGCCAUCCCGAUGUACAUAUUUGGAAAGAGAUGUCGAAGCUGGACUAGCAGGGUGGAAGUCUUCCAGAAGGUGAUGAGGGCAUGAAGCGAGUACCGAUGGAUUGCAUGAGCGGGGUUGAAAUUGUCGGCAGAUAUACUUUAUAAUAAUCU